UCUAACUUACUACAGCAAUGCAGCAAAAAAGAACAAACCAAUAUUCUCCUACCAUAUAUAUUACUUUCUUUAUCGUUAACUUGAUAGACAAGACAAACUCUUUAUCCACGUAGGCAUUACAACGAAAAAAAGCUAACAAAAGCCAAAGAUUUAGAUUGAUUUGAACGUUUUAGUGAUAGUAUGUAAUCGUGUUUACACUGUAAUUGUAGGUUAUGUUCGUCCACGACAUUUUACAUUAUCUUAUGUUGAAAUCAAGGAAAGUAAAAAUGACAUGAAUGUUAUGAGUGGCAUAUGGAUGCUUUUCGUUACUGAACGAAAGCAUAAAUAUUAAGAACGUGAUGGUUCGUUAAUAAUCUUUCUACCCUCUAGGAAACUAAUAGGGCGAAAUUCUUUUACUUUGGGAAUAUGACACGCUCACAUGUAAAAUAUCAAAUUGCUAGAGACGAUGUCGAUACAUCCGAAUACUUGCCACAAAAUGUUCCAGAUUUUCAAAAUGUGACGAAACCAGAAUCCACAUUUUGGAGAAAAGCAUUCCACGUGUUUUUAUUGAUCUCCACUUACUUUAUUUUGUCAAUAGGCCUUACAUUUUAUAAUCCAUGGCUUUAUAAUACAUAUGGAUUUAAUUUUCCACUUGGAGUGGUGGUUUGCCACUUAAUUAUAAAGUUUGCAUUAUCUGCGUUAAUAAGAUGCAUUAGAAAGUGUUACAAUGGUAAAUGGAUAAAUCUUCCAUGGCGAAAUAUUAUUUAUUCAAUAAUAGUACCUGGCAUAGCCAGUGGUGUCGAUAUUGGUUUAUCGAAUUGGGCACUUUCAUUGAUCUCUAUAUCUUUAGUCACUAUGACUAAAUCAACUACUAUUAUAUUUAUUCUUGGAUUUUCUCUUCUAUUUAAAUUAGAGAGAAAGUCAUGGUCCCUAGUAGGGAUAGUAGUGAUGAUAGCAGGAGGAUUAGCAAUGUUUACUUAUAAAUCUACUCAAUUUGUUGUUCUUGGAUUUAUAUUGUGCCUCCUAGCAUCAUUUGCGAGUGGUAUUAGAUGGACGAUGACACAACUCAUUAUGCAAAAAUCCAAACUAGGCCUUCAUGAUCCGAUAGAUAUGAUGUAUUAUAUGCAACCUUGGAUGUUGCUACCUGCAAUAUCAGUAACUUUGUGGUUUGAAGGUAGUAGAAUAUACGACAAUAUUAGAAUUACCGAUUGGGGCAAUAUCGGUAGCGUUUUAUUAACUACAAGUGCUGUAAUAGCAGGUGCCAUUUUAGCAUUUAGUAUGGAAGUGAUGGAAUUCUUAGUUGUUACUUAUACCUCUAGUCUGACAUUAUCAAUCUCGGGAGUAUUUAAGGAAAUAUGUACAUUAGCGCUGGCAUUUGUAUUAAAAGGUGACCAAAUGACUGGACUUAACUUUGUAGGAUUGUUAAUGUGUAUUGGUGGUAUAAUACUUCAUGUUGUCCAAAAGGUAUUAUUCAACAGAAAGAAAGUAGUUGACAAUAUGGAAUUGCAAUCGAAAAUGACGAGCAACAGUGCUAAACAUGAAGAGGGAACUGAUUCUAAUAUGCCGUUAUUAACGGAAAAAUCAACAUCUUUAAUGAAUCUUCUUAAUGCCGACUUUAGUUCAGACGAGGACGAUUUGAAGGAGGAUGAUAACUCAACCCAAAUAUUAUCAGAUAUUUUGCAGCGCAGAGAACAGUGAUACAGCUACAGUAAAGUUUUAUAUAAACCCAAAUAUAGGAAACUAUUUUUUAUUAAAGCGAACAUUCCAAACGAUAUACAUUUAUAGCUUAUAGCAUUUUAUAUUUUUCCAGUGUAAAUUUUACUGCCAAUAUACAACCAUUGUACAGUCAAUAGUGAAAUUAUCGAUAUCAUGAAUUUUACAUUACAAACUUUUGUUUUAUAAAAUUAAUAUGUCUCUAAUAUAAGUCGGAUUAUAAAUUCGUGUCUUUUUAUAAAACAUUUAAGCGUUUGAUAAAGUACGGCUUUGUUAUCAAAUUGUGGUUAAAUAUGAUAUAUUUUACAAUCUGGUUAAGAAUUUUAAUCAUUUUAUAAAAUGUUAACAAGCGAUUUGCCAAAUUUCUCAAAUACGUGCAAAAACGAAUUCUAUAAAUUCUAUAAAAACAAACAAAUAGGAUAAGUCCACGUUGUUUGUUUCUACAUUGUUAAAUGCACAGAAAUACGAUGUUAUAAUUUUUAUGCGAAUAUGUAGGGAAUGAACACAGCCUCUCCUUUUGCAUCCCACUCACAUUUAUCUGUUCCACACUGUAGGUUUUCGACUUUCCACGCGAAACGAGGUCUAUGAGGAUUUUCUAUUUUCCACAAAAAAAAAAUGAACUAGCCAUAACUUAUGUUGCAUUUGACAAAUAUACAUGUUGCUUAUUAACAUUUUAUAAAAUAAUCAAGCGUUUUAUAAAAAAAUAUUUUGUAAUUUGGUUACGACACAUAUGACAGAAAUGGAUUAUUAAUUAUCAAAGAAAACUGGAAAAUCUGUGAAAAUUCGAAAAAAUUUUAAAAAGUUAAGGAACAUCGGGAAAAAUCAAAGAAUCAAUAAAUUUAUUAAAACAAGAUUAAAUGAUUGUAAUAUUAACUUUGAACUUGACGUUUUAAAAAAUUGUUAAAUGGAAUUUUUAAAAUUAAAUAAGGAAAUGAUUAAGAUUAUUUUAUUUUUUAAUUUUGCAUCUUUGAUUUACAGUCAUUAAUAUAAUUAAAAAGAAAAAUUAUUAUAUGUAGUAUCUUAAAUUUUAUAAUGUAUAUAUUAAUGACAAUUUGCUAAUUACAGCAAAAUAGAAUUUAAAACAUACACAUACUAUUACAGAAAAUAUUGUAAAAUAUUACAGAAAUUACAAAAAAUAUUGCUUUAGCGUUGCAAUUGUGUAUUUUUUAACGUGAACCGAUUUAUUGUGAAAGAUGUUUUAGUUUUGUUUCAAAUCGUUGAAACAUUUAAAUGCAGAACAAAGACCAAAUACACAUUAAAGUAAAAAAUCAAGUCAUUCGAUCAGCUAUUGCAUCAAUUACUAUUAUACAAAUCCAAAUUACAAAUGGUUUAUGACAGGACAAUCAGGACUUUAUCACAUUUUCUGUUAUUGUGAAUUAGUGGAAAAGAUAUACUUAUUAUAUUCAAAAUUGAACAAAAUGUAGGAAGGUUAAUUGUCUCUUUGUAGAGUUUAAAUUUAUAAAAAUAUAAUGAAAUUGAUAAUUGAAAAAUGUGAAAUUCUUAUAUAGAAAUAUUUUAAAUUAUUAAAAAAGAAGGGAAGCCCAAAAAAAGAAGAAAUUUAAUGUAAUAAAGGAAUUAAAAAUCAUGUGAUUCAAAAUUAUUGUGUUCGACAUAAUUUAAAAAUUGCAGAACUAGAAAGAUAAAUGCUCUUUUUUAUAAUGCAAUAUUGAAAUUAGUUGUGUUAAAAAUGCUUUGUAUUAAAAAUAUAAUAAAAGUUAAGUUUUAUUUUAUUUGUUUUGUACCGUUAGUGUUUAAUACAAAAUUUUUUGCAUUUUUAUUAAAUUAUUUUAAGUCACAAAAUUUUUCUAAAAAGUGACCAGAGAAACCAGGAAAAAUAUUUCAAAAAUAUUUUUUUCUAUUUUGCUAACAACUAGAAAUAACAUGCCACAGAUUUAAACAACCUUUUACGUUAAAAAGGUGAUAAUAAUCUCGUUCUUUUAGAUAGAAGCAGUUUUUGAUUGAUUAAUCAAUAUAAAAUACUUUGUUGUCAUUAAUUAAUCAAAUGUUUCAAAGCAAUUGUAGCAAAUGUAGCGUCAAGUAGACUAUAGACUGUUUUAAUCUUUUAUGAUUCUUCUAAAUAUUUAAAUAAUGUCUCUCGCCCAUCUUCUCUCUCUUUCUCUCUGCAACAUUCAACACAUCACGAAAGAUUUAAUUAGUAGUAAUGUAAUAUGUAUUUGCUGUGAAAUGUUAUGUAUAAAUGUACUAUUUCUAUAUAUUAUUGUCAUCUAAGAAUAAGAUACAAAUAUUAUUAAAAAAUGUGAAGUACAAAAAUGAAAGUGUGAAACUAUAUAGAUUUUAUGAGUGUCAAUAUUGUUGAUAAAAAUGUCGCUACAUAUAACUUAUAAAUUAUUAUCAUUAACAGGAUUGACAAGAAAAGGUUAAUGAGUAGGAAAACAAAUAUUAAUUUCAGUUUUUACCCAGUGAAAAUUGGUCAACGUCGAUUUGACAAUUGAUUCGGUCAAAUUUUAUUGAUUUUGUUGGAUUAUUAAAUAUCGAAAUUUCAAAUAUUUUAAGAUUAUUUUGAUGUUAGAUAAUGUAAGAUAAUUUGUGAUGUCGUGUACAUAUAAACAGUAUUUGUUGAUAACAAUAGUUUUAGCAUUCUUUUUUCAAGAUUAAAAAAAUUUUUUUUCAUGUUUUCAAUACCGAUUUAAUGACGAUUCGACAUAAAAAGUUAUUUUAGAUAAGUAAUUUUCAACAUUGUCAAAAAAAUCGAUAAAUAUCACAUAAUUAACGUGUUUUAUUCAUAUCUUCAGUACUUAUUUAUUUAAAAAAUCAUGUUCUAAAAAUACUGUUCUAAAAACACUGUUGUAUUACUUACUAUUGAUGUAUUCAAAGAUCUAAUAUUUGUCGUUUCUAAGAUUUUGUUUUUUUAAUAAAAAGCAUUUAUUGUAUGCCAAUGUAAUAUAUAGCCAAUGCAAUAUUUUCAAAUUUUGAAAGUUUGUUUUGCAAAUUUUGUGAUCAACAAAAAACAUUACAGUAUACCAUAUAUCUAUUUGCUACGUAUGAAAAUAUACAUUGAUAAUAAAAUAAAUUAAAAAUAUAAAA